CCGUCAUCAAAAUUUCAGCAAAAAUUUUGUAGGCGUUAAAAAUUGAGGGCUGGACAUUGUAGGGCGUAGGGAGGAUGUUCUCAAUUGUCUGGCAUUAAAUACAGCACAUAGUUGACUACCUUCAGAUGAAAAUAGUUAAUCAAUGCUUGCAUUCAAUAUCAAGAGCAUAAGGGCCACCAUGGGACUUCCUACUGGACAAUAUCUGAAUUAACAUACUCGUACUUAGUGUGUAUUGAGUGAUGUUUCGGAAUUCUUUGUUCAGUCCAUAUUCAGGUGCUCACUUCACUUUUUUGAUAGUAUGCUCAAUGAUAUAACCUUACACCAACUGGAAAGUCACUUCUGCCAAAAUGCCACACGACCUAUUUAUGACACAUUUAGCCCAGUUUGUAUAAAAUUCCGAAAAAUUCAUGAAAUGUACUUAUGUAGAACAUGACUUCACGCACAUCAAAAAGAAAAUCGACGCUGGGUAGUAUAGAUAUAGAAGGAAGCAGAGUAUCGUAUGAAAUUUAUAAUGGAGGUCUUGGAAAGAGAUACUUUGACAAAUUGGGACAAGACCUUGACAAGAUCAUUCAGGUUGAUGUAUCCACUGGUGUAACGGAAACCCGUGGUUCCGUACGGGGCAGAGCUGUAAAGCUCGCCAUUGAAAUGAAGAGGAGAGGCAUCAAGCACGAUGACAUAAUAGUAAUGUGCAGCAGAACAAACACAGAUCAGGUGAUAGUCGUAUUGGCGGCACUCUUCUUAGGUGCCAUCUUAGCACCGCUAGACCCGGAGUUCAACUACAAGGAAGUACUAGACCUUAUGAAACAGUUGAAACCAAAACUGGUUUUUGGCGACUCCAGGACUAUCCCCCAGUUUGACAGGAUAUUCCAGGCUAUUAAUAUGAACAUUACAACAGUGAACUUCAACCCGGAAGUAACAGGUACCGUUCAAUUCCGGAAGCUACUCCUCACUCAAAAGGAAGAUGAAAACUUCACACCCAGCUUCGUAGAGAACGCAAAAACUAGAGUUGCGUUCAUACUACCUACUCAAGGAACUACCGGUCAGUAGCUAAGAAGUAACUUUAUACAUACACUGUUAAGCCUAUAAAUACCAGCGUAUAAAUCUCCACUUUUUUUAUGCUAGUGCAUCUAAGGUAAUGCAAGAUAGUAAAUGGUGACCAGUGCGAAACCACUUCAUAUUUGUCUGAAUAGGACUAGAACAGUGCAUUCGAAUAGGUUAGACGCAUAUGCCUAUGGUUAUUAUGGAAGAAAGUUUUUAGUGCAAAAAAUUAACGAAUUGUCAAGCCUCACGGAACGUUAUUUUUGAUGAAAUGUAUGACGUCUGAAACGUGGUAAUUUGAUAGUACUGACUGUCAUGAGAGGUUGAUUAUUUUUUGGAUUCUGAAGUAAAGCUAAA